AUGUCUAUAACAGAAGAACAAAAAAAUAUUGUAAAAUCAACAGCACCAAUCUUGAAAGAAAAUGGCAAAGAAAUAACUUCAAUUUUUUAUAAACAUAUGUUUGAAGCUCAUCCAGAAUUAUUAAACUUAUUCAAUCAAACUAAUCAAAAGGUUGGUACACAACCAUUAGCAUUAGCUAAUACAAUUUAUUUUGCUGCUGAAUAUAUUGAUCAUUUGGAUGUACUUAUACCACAAGUUCAACUUAUUGCUCAUAAACAUCGGGCUUUAACUGUUUUACCAGAACAUUAUCCUAUUGUGGGCAAAUAUUUACUUUUUGCAAUAAAAGAAUUUUUAGGUGAAAAAGCAACACAAGAAAUUUUAGAUGCAUGGGCUGCUGCUUAUGGUAUUAUUGCCAAAAUCUUCAUUGAUUUAGAACAAAAAUUAUAUGAUGAACUUGGUCCGGACGAACGAGAUAAAGGUUUUGUUCCAUUGACAAUUGUCAAAAAAGAAAAUAUUGCAAGUGGACCUAUUGUUGCUCUUACAUUAGAACGUCGUGAUGGUGGAAAAAUGCAUCAGUAUCAUCCCGGACAAUAUAUUACACUUCGUAUUAAAAAAAAUGAUACAUUUCAUAAUAGACAUUAUAGUCUUCUUGAACCAUUCGAUGGUAAAACUUAUCAUAUUGCUAUUAAAGAUGAAGUUGAUCAUGAACCAAAAGGUGUUGUUUCUAAUGAAAUUAUUGAUAAUUAUAAAGAAGGUGAUACAAUUUUAACAAGUUUUCCAGCUGGUACAUUUGCAUUAAUUGAAGAUGCUAAACAUCACUUGUUUGUUGCUGGUGGAAUUGGUAUAACUGUUCUUUCAUCAAUGAUUUUGGAAUUACAUAAACAAAAUAAAUUAAAUUCUACAAAAUUAAUUCAUUGUACAUCAACAAAAGAACAUGCAGCUUUUUCUGAUGAAUUGAAAUCGAUUCUUUCCGAAAAUCAAUAUCUUUUAUUGUGUCAAGGUGAAAUAUUAGGAAAAGAUGAUUUACAAAAAUUUUUAACACCGGAUACACACGUAUAUAUAUGUGGUUCAGUGCCAUUUAUGAAUGCAAUAGAAGACUAUCUAGCUGAAUGUAAACAUCCAACAUCUCAAAUUCAUAUCGAAGUGUUUCAACCAUCGCUUAGUGUGCUCAGAAAUGCUGUUAAAGACAAAGCAACAACUAAAUCAAUAUAA